AUGCCUGCUCAGCCGGAUCUGACCGGACCUUACUGUGCUACCUUCUCCAUAGAGGUGAUGCUCGAAGCUGGAGUAAACCGACUUUCGGUGAUUGCUAGGGAACUAGCAUCAUCGGAUCCGGAUUCACCGAACGCCGUAGACAGAGAAACGAUUUCCCUCUUUUACCUCCCAGAGUUAGAACCUGAAGCAGCUGAAGGAGGGGUUUUCACCUUGAGCGAUGGAGACCGAGCAACCGUUGUCAUUCCGGUGGAUGCCUUUGAUGAACACAUCACGAAAUUACAAUUUUUUUCGGUGCCGCCUGAAGCGGUUGAUCCGCUAUCCUAUCGAGGAAACAGUCGCAUUGUUAAAGGAACAGCACCGGUGGUUGUGUACCGCUUUGAAGCACUCCGCCAAGGCGUGUUUGCUGCUGAAGCGACUAGCGCAUUGCCCGAUCAACCACCAACCUUCGCCGUGGAUGGCAUCUUGGAAUCGCCGUCUACGUGGGUCGCAGGUCUGGUGCCGCUGCCUGUCAGUCUGACAAUUGAUCUCGAUGUCCGACGCACCGUCAGCCGUAUCGUUGUGCACGCUAACGCGGAAGGGGGAACCUCCUUCGGUCCACAGCGUGCGACGCUCCUCACAUCGAACGACAACGAAAAUUUCACAAGCGUUCUUGAAGUCACGGCGUUCGAUGAUCGAGCCACUACCAUUGAACUACCUACCCGACCUUCCGCCCGUUAUUUUCGCCUCGAAAUUACGGAGAGCAAGCAGGCGAAUAACCUCCAACUCAAUGAGAUUGAGUUUUUUGAUGUGUCGGGCGCGAAAAUCGUGUCAUUUGAUCCCUUUGAGUAUUUAAUCCUUGAGCGUCCUGCGCUGCUUGAAUUAGCCUAUCGCUCCUCAGAUUUGAUGGUUGCAAACAUCAGACGAGAGUCGGAUCUGAAAGUCUUUGCUUGGGAUGCGUCCGCGCAAGAAUGGCAGCUGGUGGGCGGCGAAAUUGACUUGAAUCGACAGGUCGUUCGUAUGGAACUUAACUUCAUCUCUCAAGUUGCUUUGUUUCAGGCGGUCCCAUCGCAGAUCCAAGCAGCGUGGAGUUUUAACCCGUUCUCACCCGACGGAAAUGGGAUCGCCGAUCGGACACGACUCACAAUCGUGAACCAUAACACCUCCCACAUCGGGGGUACGGAGCCGGUCGUUGAAAUUUUUGAUCUUCAUAAUAAACUCAUCCGAACCUUAGUGAAUCAAACGGUAAUGCGCUCUAACACAAUGAGUGUCGAAUGGGACGGCAGAGAUGAGGCGGGAGAAAUCGUGAACAUCGGACCCUAUAUCUACCAGAUUCGGCUGAAAUCUGGCGAUCAGGUCGAAGUCCGCAACGGAGUUAUCGUGGUAGGAAAAUGA